AAAAGUUGAAAGAUCUGGGAAAGGUGAGCUACUCUCCGCUUCUUCCUUUCAUUACAUUAGGUACCUACCUAUGCGCAUUACCUUACGCCUUAAUAGCCGAUGCCAGAGUACAGCACUCUUUUAGGCCAUCUCCUAGCAGCUAAGACUGCUGCUGACGAGCUUCCGCCCGGUGCACAUAGCACUUACAUUCUUGACCGGAUAGCUAAGAAGCUAGACGGAGGAGAUGGCCCACCGGCAUAUUACUUUGAUACCUACCCUAUCAGCGUUCCUUUGCUUGUCGUAAGGGACCCUUAUAUUGCCAAUCAGGCGACCAGUCAUCCCUGGGUAUCGGCCGAGAAGCCUGCUAUACUUAAUGAUUGGUUUGCACCUAUCUCAGGAAAAGGAGGCCUCAAUCUCUUUACCCAGAAUGGGCAGGAAUGGAAAACCGACCAUAAUAUUUUCCUACCUUUCUUCAACAACAGCAAUCUCGAUGCCACCAUGCCUGUGGUAGUUGAACAGCUAGUCGUUUUUCGCGAAAUUAUCCGGAAAGAAGCUCGCACAGGAGGUUUAUUUCGCUUUGAACCGUUGGCACUAUCUCUUAUGAACGACAUCAUUGGGCUCGUGGUGUUUAAUGCUGAGCUGGGCAACCAGACCUCCGGCUCUCACCCUCUCUCGAAUGCCAUGCUUCGCCAACUUGCAUUGAAAUUUGGGGCAAAUCAAGUUAUGGAUAACAUUGGCCAGCUCAAUCCCCUGAGGGCUUUCAGUGUUUGGAACAACAGCCGUUUCUUGAACCAGCAGAUUCGCGCGCAAAUUACGAAGCGUGUUGACGCGUUCCGGAACGCCAAGGCACGUCACGAACAAUCAGCGUUUAAUUCGAUCCUUGAUCAAGCUCUAGAGACGUAUUACUCCCAGCCGGGCCGAAAGGUGUCCGAUCCACUCGAUAAUAAAUUUAUGGAUUCACUGUGCGCCCAGCUUCGCAUGUUCUUCUUCGCUGGAUACGAUUCUACCGCGAGCACAAUGGUUACCUGCUGUUAUUUGAUUUGGAAAUACCCAGAGGUCCUAGCCAAGCUCCGCGCUGAACACGAUGAAGUUUUUGGGCGAAACAUUGCAGCGUGUCCGGAUAUAAUCGCCGAGAACCCAUCCAUACUCAACUCUCUACCGUAUACAUUAGCCGUGAUAAAAGAGACACUACGGCUCUUCCCUCCCGCUAGUGGCAUUCGAAUGGGCUGCAAGGAUUUGGUCUUGAAAGGGCGUGAUGGUACUGAGUAUCCCACUGAGGGCUAUGCCGUCCAGAUAAGCCAUUUUAGUAUUCACCGAAACCCUCAAUGCUGGUCCCAACCACUCGAGUUUCUACCCGAGCGGUUCCUCGUAGGGCCAGAUCACGAACUUUACCCAGAGAAAGGAGCUUGGCGUACCUUCGAGUAUGGAACUCGCAACUGCACUGGCCAGGCCUUUGUUCUGAAGGAGGUCAAGGCCUUCCUCGCUAUUAUAUGCAGAGAAUUUGACUUCCAGCAGUGCUAUGACGAGGUGUAUGCCGGAGAAAAACUGGAUCUGACGAACGUGGAUAAUGAAAAGGCAUACUUGAUAGAGCGCGGCUCUGCGCAUAUACGCGGCGAGUUUCCUUGUCGAGUAUCGCUAAGUGGAUACAUCCCUGAGGAAGUGCGGUGAUGGCGAGCUCUAAAUUCUAGAAAUACAUCUUCCCUUGAACAUCAUAAGGGGUCCCCUCUCAAACCGUUGGUCUUAUGAAAUCUCACUAAAUAAUAGGGACUUUUUUAUACCAUCGAAGCUGAUUCCUGAUUCCGACAGUGAAUGAAUAUAAGGCUUUCAUGUCUGUCAUGUAUCGAUAUUGCGGGAUAAUAUGUAUAUUGCAUCGCGAAUUAUCUACCUACCUCUAGCGCAUUACACCUAUAGACCCCGGACCCCCGAAUUAGAACGAAGGUGAUACAGCUCUCAGGCUUAAUUUUUCAGAUGUGCUUCGGUCGGAAUGAGAACUGGUUCUUCUCCAGAAGAGGAUCCCUCCUCUUCUAUGUUUGCUGCCUUUCUAGAGCUGGAUAUAGAUAUUAGUAAAUAAAUUGAAAUAAAGAUAAGAUGACACUCA